ACUAACCAACCCAAUAAUGAAACAUCUAAAAUCUUAUGUGGCAAAACAUGAUUGGGAAGUGGGCCAAAAAUCCCAUCUUUUGGUCUUUAGAUUUUGGUUUUUCCAAAGAUGUCCUUACAGGAAAACUUACUUUGGAAAAGCUAUUAAACGACUUCAACAACUACAACACUGUACAACACAACUAACUGCUGGGUGGGGCUGCCUCAAAGUCCCAAGUUCCAACCUUUGAAAAUUGGAAGUCCUACUCAUCGGGUCCCACACAUUCAUACACACUACUAUACAGCAACGACUCCACAUGAGUCACAACUCAUAACCCUUUCGUGACUCUCACUUUCCUUACACUUGCCUUCUCUCUCUCUCUCUCUCUCUCUCUCUCUCUCUCUCUCUCUCUCUAUAAAGACUUCUUCUAGCCAAAAGCACACUUAAUUUGACUUGACCCAUUCUACUCUCUCUCUCUCUCCAAGCUCCAAAGUUUCAUUCUUGGUUUUCUUUGGUUACUUCUUUAAACUCUUUUUUCUUCAUCUUUUCAUUUCACUUCCUCUUCAAAAAAGAAAAACUAAAAAAAAAUGGCUCCUUUAUCACUCUUCUCCUUCUCCCUUUCUUUUCUCCUCUUUUUCUCUCCUUCUCUUUGUACAAACUCUGAAGGAAAUGCAUUGCAUGCUUUGAGAAGAAGGCUUUCUGAUCCAACCAAUGUGUUGCAGAGUUGGGACCCAACUCUGGUAAAUCCCUGCACUUGGUUCCAUGUUACUUGUGAUUCCAACAAUCAUGUGAUUCGUUUGGAUUUGGGAAAUUCAAACAUUUCUGGGACUUUAGGACCAGAGCUUGGCCAACUGCAGCAUCUACAGUACUUGGAGCUUUACAGGAAUGAGAUAGGAGGUAAAAUUCCAAAGGAGUUGGGUAAUUUGAAAAAUCUUGUUAGCAUGGACUUGUAUGAGAAUAAAUUCGAAGGAAGAAUUCCCAAGACCUUAGCCAAGUUGAAGUCACUCAGAUUCCUACGGCUGAACAACAACAAGCUAACUGGAUCAAUUCCAAGAGAGCUCACUACUCUCAAAGACCUCAAAGUUUUUGAUGUAUCUAAUAAUGAUCUUUGUGGAACAAUUCCAGUUGAUGGCCCCUUCUCUACUUUUCCAAUGGAGAGCUUCGAAAACAACAGGCUGAAUGGACCUGAGCUGAAAGGGCUAGUGCCUUACGACUUUGGUUGCUGAAGCGAAAGCGAAAGCGGCUAGACAUAGUCAUAGUUUAUCUUUCUCUGAAGAAUCAAGAAUGCAAUACUAAGGGUUUAUUUACUAUUGAUAUAGUAGAAGGGUUAAUAUCCCUGAUUUGUAAUAUGUACUCGAGGCUAUAAGUCUCUCUCUCUCUCUCUCUCUCUCUCUCUAUAUAUAUAUAUAUAUAUAUAUAUAUAUGCAGAAGUUUCUAAAGCAAGAAAAGAAAUAAUAUUUGCUGCACAACAUCUGCAACUUUUACACUCUCAAGUAUAGACAGCUCUUCUGAUGCUUGUAUGCAUAACUUGGUUGCUACCAAUCUUUAUAAUCAGAAACAUGGCAAAUAAUAAUAUUAAUGAUAUUAUUAUUUUGGUUUAUAAACAGCAUAGAGAGUGUGUUCUUAUA